UCUUCAUACCACAAGAGGAAAAGCCAGUCUGGCAUCGUUUACAACCAGUGAUUUUCAUACAGUGGACUCUGCUGAAACUACUAACAACAAUGAAGGAGAAAGCUGCAGCGAGAUAGAUGAGCAAGAAUUAUAUUUGGAUUAGCCUGGUGAGGCCCAGACUGUUUGACAUUCUCCUGGGAAAGAAGGCCAUUCAACUACCACCUGAGAACAAAAGAAAAAAUGAGUUCAUUGAAUGUUACCACUACUAUAAAUCCACCCGUCACUAAUACCACCCAAAUAACCACUACUGGAAGUGGAGGCUUCAUUUCCAAUUUGAUCAAUAAAAUUCCAUUACCAAAAUGGGCCUUGAUUGCCAUUGCUGCCGGGGUGGGACUUGUCAUCCUCCUCUGUGUCAUCUGCAUCUGUGUAAAAUGUUGCUGCAGAAAGAAGAAGAAGAAAAAGAAGGAGCAAGUCAACUUAAAAAACAUAAAUGGCUCCACCACUGCAAGCUUGGUGCAGCCAGACAUGGAUGAUUUGAGUGGAGCUGAGGAAAACCGCGGAAAAUUACAAUAUUCCUUAGAUUAUGAUUUUAAGAAAGAAGAGAUUACUGUUGGAAUUAUACAAGCAAUGGACUUAAUGGCCAUGGACCUUGGAGGAACGUCUGAUCCUUAUGUUACAGUGUAUCUUCUCCCAGAAAAGACGCAGAAAUUUGAAACUAAAGUCUACAGGCGGACCUUAAAUCCUAUCUUUAAAGAACGCUUCACCUUCAAGGCUAGCCAGGCUGAAAUAGCUGACAAGACUGUGGUGAUGCAGGUAUAUGACUUCAACAGAUUCUCCAAGCAUGACAUAAUUGGUGAAGUGAGAAUCCCACUUAACACUGUUAAUCUGAACCACGUGGUUGAAGAGUGGCAGGAUCUAACCUGUGCAUUAAAGGAUGAGCAAGUGAAACUUGGUGAUAUCUGCUUCUCCCUCCGUUAUGUUCCCACUUCGAGCAAGUUGACAGUUGUAAUUUUAGAAGCCAAGAACCUGAGGAUAAUGGAUAAAGAUGGUUUAUCUGACCCCUAUGUGAAGAUACGACUGAUGCUCAAUAAGAAAAAGCUUAAGAAAAAGAAGACAACAGUUAAAAAGAACACCUUGAAUCCAUAUUUCAAUGAGUCCUUUACCUUCGAUGUAACCUUUGAAGAAAUACAGAAAGUACAGUUAGUGAUCUCUGUGUGGGAUCAUGAUAAACUGUCAAAGAACGAUGCCAUUGGAAAGUUAUUUCUUGGUUGUGAUGCUACAGGAAAUCAGCUACGCCACUGGUCCGACAUGCUGGCCAACCCCAGACGACCAAUAGCGCAAUGGCACACUCUGCAACCCAAGGAGGAAGUGGACAAAGCACUCAAAGCACUUGGGAUGAAAUCUCGUUUCCAAAUUUUCUAGUAUAUUGAUCUUAAUGAAACCAAUAUAAUUUUUACGCUGUCAUAAAUUAUAAACUUAGCUGUUUCAGAUAAAUCUGUACACCUUUGCCAAGAAACACUGCUGAUCCAGCUGUGUUCUAAGAACUGAAUCAAAGUAAACAAGGUGAGAUGUAUUACAUUACGACCUCAAACUAUGUGAAAACACAACAGAGAAUGCAAUAUAAUACAUUAUAUUUACAACUUUAUAAUCCUUAUUAUACUGGUAGAGCUGAUUCCAUUACUGGGUGCAGUGCAGUUCAGAAACCCUGAAUACUUGGCAUUUUUUUCACUGUCCUGGAAAAUGCAACUAAAUUGAAAUAAAUAGAAGAUAGUGGAUUGUU